CGCCCGUCCACCGGCCGCCCGCGCCCGCGCCAGCCCCGCGGCUCUACGGCCCGGUCAUAGAUCAGCACCCAGACUCGGAAGACAAAAACAAGCUCUUCUACAAUGUCGUACAGACGAGAGCUAGAGAAAUACCGAGACCUGGAUGAAGACGAAAUCCUCGGAGCCCUCACAGAGGAAGAGCUUAGGACGCUGGAAAACGAGCUGGAUGAGCUGGACCCUGACAAUGCACUGCUGCCUGCAGGCCUGAGGCAGAAGGAUCAGACCACCAAGGCGCCCACGGGCCCCUUUAAAAGGGAGGAGCUCUUGGAUCACUUGGAAAAGCAAGCAAAGGAGUUUAAGGACCGAGAAGAUCUGGUCCCCUACACAGGGGAAAAGCGAGAUUCGCCUCUGCUGGAGGUUAUGACACAUUUUCCCCCAGACGAUUUUGUUGUGUGUUCUGCUUGUAUAGGAAAAGUCUGGGUCCCCAAGCAGAAGCCGAUGGCUCCCGUGCUGGAAAGCGUGACGCUGGAGCCGGAGCUGGAGGAGGCCUUGGCAAACGCUUCGGAUGCAGAGCUCUGCGACAUCGCAGCUAUCCUGGGCAUGCACACGCUCAUGAGCAACCAGCAGUACUACCAGGCCCUGGGCAGCAGCUCCAUCGUGAACAAGGAGGGACUCAACAGUGUGAUCAAACCUACACAAUACAAGCCUGUGCCCGACGAGGAACCAAAUUCAACAGACGUAGAGGAAACGCUGCAGCGGAUAAAGAACAACGACCCGAAACUUGAAGAGGUUAACCUCAACAACAUCCGGAACAUCCCCAUACCCACCCUCAAGGCGUAUGCAGAAGCCCUGAAAGACAACUCAUAUGUGAAGAAGUUCAGCAUCGUGGGGACACGGAGCAAUGACCCCGUGGCGUUUGCCCUUGCUGAGAUGCUCAAGGAGAACAAGGUGUUGAAGACACUGAACGUGGAAUCCAACUUCAUUUCUGGAGGCGGGAUCCUGCGCCUGGUGGAAGCUCUCCCACACAACACUUCACUUGUGGAGCUGAAAAUUGAUAACCAGAGCCAGCCCCUGGGCAACAAAGUGGAAAUGGAGAUCGUGAGCAUGUUGGAAAAAAACGCAACGCUUCUCAAAUUCGGCUACCACUUCACCCAGCAGGGGCCCCGGCUGCGGGCGUCCAACGCCAUGAUGAACAACAAUGACCUUGUGAGGAAGAGGAGGCUCGCAGACCUGACUGGGCCCAUCAUUCCCAAGUGCCGGAGUGGCGUCUAAUGUGCAGAGGAGACGACCAUGCCUUUGAACUGGACAUGUUCUACCGAUAAUCUGCGCUCUGCCGUGGAAACCAGAAGGCAAAAUGCCGGCACAAAACCCUUAUGUGGUUCAGUUCUUUAUGCACUAAGGUUUUAGGUUAACUAGUGGUUGUAGUUGAAAAUUUUAUAAACUAUGGUUAAUGUGAAGUUUUCCUUUAGUCACAGAAGUUCACUCUGGUUAUAAUUUAAAAACUAAGAAGCCCCGAACCGGCAGAUCUUACUGAAGAC